AUGGUAGCAACAGUAAAAAGAACUAUCCGCAUAAAGACCCAACAACAUAUCCUACCAGACGUUCCACCAGUAGAGAAUUUCCCUGUUCGCCAAUGGAGUAUAGAGAUAGUAUUAUUAGAUGAAGAAGGUAAAGAAAUUCCAGCGACAAUUUUCGAUAAAGUUGUUUACCAUCUGCACCCAACUUUCGCUAAUCCUAAUAGAACGCUUACUGAUCCACCGUUCAGGAUUGAGGAACAAGGAUGGGGCGGUUUUCCAUUAGAUAUAAGCGUUUUCUUGUUAGAGAAAGCAGGUGAACGUAAAAUACCACAUGAUUUAAAUUUUCUUCAAGAGAGUUAUGAGGUUGAACAUGUCAUUCAAGUUCCUCUCAAUAAACCACUUUUAAGCGAAGAACUUGCGAAAAGUGGGUCUGUUGAAGAAACAACAGCCAAUGCAAACACUGCUGGGAAAAGAAAAACCACUACAAGUACAAACACCGAACCAAAGGCGAAGAGGGCUAAGACUGGCAGUGCAUCCACCGUGAAGGGCAGUGUGGACUUAGAGAAAUUAGCAUUCGGAUUGACUAAGCUAAAUGAAGAUGACUUGGUUGGCGUUGUUCAAAUGGUUACUGACAACAAGACACCUGAAAUGAAUGUGACGAAUAAUGUUGAAGAAGGUGAAUUUAUAAUUGAUUUGUAUAGUUUACCUGAAGGAUUAUUGAAAAGUUUAUGGGAUUACGUCAAGAAAAACACUGAGUAA